AUGGAGAACCACAUCGGUGAACCAGGCAAUUUUGACGAUCCUUGCAAUUUCCCUCACAAAACACGGGAUUAUGAAGACAUUACUUUUCGAAAAAUGGUAAAACUGACUGGAUUUGUAACACUCCCAGUUACAAUAUUUGGUUUAUUCGGUAACUCACAAUUGCUCUAUACAACAUGGAAAUUUAAACAGUUGCAACAUCGUAAUGGUAUACUGGUCGGACUUAUUGCACUCUUCGAUUUGAUUUGUGAGCUGAUUGUGUUGAAAAUUACGAUCGAAGCGCUUAUUGGCAUAACGUUGAUGCCGCGGAAUACAUGCUUCAAUUCGAUUUUCCUGUGUUCUUUCUCAUUUAAUAUGGCUUGCAUUGUGAUACUUUUCCUAGCCAUUGAUCGACUCAUUGCAAUAUGGUUGCCGAUGCGAUAA